AUGCUGUCACAGAAGCGUUGGACUCGUGAGACUGCUGAGAAGGAUAGCUCGCUAUAUGUCGUGAAGAGGGAUGGACGUCAUGAGAACAUCUGCUGUGAAAAGAUUUCGAACAGGCUACGCCGUCUUUGUGGUGGCCUCCAUGAAGAAUUUAUCGAUAUUGUGCGUUACUUUUAUCGUGCUAUAUACGUUGGAACUUCCGCUUUUUUGCUUGAACAGAGUCGAAUCACCGAUAAAGUUGUGGAGGGGUUAUUCGCCGGCGUGUCUACAUCGCAAUUGGAUUCUCUGGCUGCUGAGAUUUGCGCCAGUUUGGUAACUAAACACUAUGAUCACGGUGUUCUCGCUGCUCGACUCUUUGUAUCGAACUUACAUAAGGAGACUCCAUGCAGAUUUUCUGAUGUCAUGGAGGAUCUUUACAGAUACAUUAAUUCCAAAACUAAGAAGCACACUCCGAUGAUUUCGGGCGCUUUAAUCGACGUGGUUCGAGGAAAUCGUGACCGGAUAGACGCUGCUACAUUGGAGAAGUCGUAUCUUCUUCGUAGGGAUGGGAGAGUUUGGGAGAGACCUCAGUACAUGUUUAUGCGGGUCUCGAUAGGUAUUCACGGCGAAGACGUGGAUGCUGCCAUUGAGACGUACAAUCUAAUGUCUGGAAAGUGGUUGAUUCAUGCCUCACCAACGCUCUUUAACGCUGGGACGCCUAAUGCACAGAUGUCUAGCUGCUUUUUGGUCACGAUGAAGGAUGACAGUAUCGAGGGCAUAUACGACACGCUCAAACACUGCUUUUUGGUCACGAUGAAGGAUGACAGUAUUGAGGGCAUAUACGACACGCUCAAACAGUGUGCCCUUAUCUCCAAAAGUGCGGGUGGGAUCGGUCUCAAUGUUCAUUGUAUUCGGAGUAAGGGCACGUUCAUCGCCGGCACCAAUGGGGAGUCGAAUGGUCUUGUACCGAUGCUGCGAGUCUUCAACAGCACUGCUCGUUAUGUAGACCAAGGUGGGAACAAACGACCUGGCGCCUUCGCUGUCUACCUUGAGCCAUGGCAUCCAGAUGUACUGCAAUUUGUGGAAUUGCGGAAGAACACUGGCGCUGAGGAGAUUCGUGCAAGAGAUCUUUUCCUCGCGCUUUGGAUCCCCGAUCUGUUCAUGAAGAGGGUUGAAACUGGUGGUUCAUGGACCUUUAUGGAUCCCCAUGAAUGCCCUGGUCUUGCUGAUUGCUGGGGGGAGGAUUUCGAACAACUUUACUCGAAGUACGAAUCAGAAGGUAGAGGUCGCAAGACGCUGCCUGCCCAAGAAGUUUGGUAUUCCAUCAUUGAGAAUCAGAUCGAAACAGGCAAUCCCUUUAUGCUUUAUAAGGAUUCUUGUAACCGGAAGUCCAAUCAUCAACAUCUAGGGACUAUAAAGUGCUCAAAUCUUUGCACCGAGAUUGUCGAGUACAGUUCGCCUACGGAGACUGCUGUGUGCAAUUUGGCUUCUAUUUCCCUCCCCAACUUUGUGAACACAAGCACAAAGAGUUUUGACUUCAACAAAUUGCAGUAUGUGACUGAAGUCAUAACGAAAAAUCUUAACAAAAUAAUUGACCGGAACUGUUAUCCCGUGGAGGAGGCUCGCAGGUCGAACAUGCGUCACCGACCGAUCGGGAUUGGAGUACAGGGUCUUAAUGAUGCCUUCGUUCUAAUGCGUUAUCCGUUUGAUAGUCCAGAGGCAGCCGCUUUGAAUAAGCGCAUUUUCGAGACGAUAUACUACUCAGCGUUAAAUGCUUCUUGCAAAUUGGCAGAGAAGGACGGUCCAUUUGAGUCCUACCCGGGAUGUCCCGUGAGCAAGGGUAUCCUUCAGCCUGACAUGUGGGGUGUUAACACUGAUGAAUUGUCCAAGAUCUCGGGACUCGAUUGGAGUGGUCUUCGUCAACGCAUCAAAGAGUUUGGCGUACGAAAUAGUCUCUUAAUCGCCCCUAUGCCCACGGCCUCUACGGCUCAAAUUCUGGGUAACACAGAAUCGACGGAACCAGUCACCAGUAACGUGUUCAGCCGUCGUGUGUUGUCGGGAGACUUCCAAAUCGUAAACUCGCACAUGCUUCGCGAUCUGAUUGACCUCGGAAUUUGGUCGGACCAUUUAAAGACGGCGAUAAUCUCUAAUCAGGGAUCAAUUCAAGACAUUGACGGGAUCCCGGAGGAUCUCAAAGCUCUCUACAAGACAGUCUGGGAGAUACCUCAGAAAAAAAUACUCGAUCUGGCAGUCGAUCGUGCUCCGUUCAUCGACCAGAGCCAGUCUCUUAACUUAUACAUGAAGGAGCCUAAUUACGGGAAAAUCACCAGUAUGCAUUUCUACGCCUGGAAGCGUGGGCUCAAAACAGGGAUGUAUUACCUUCGCACCAGGCCUGCUGCUGAUCCCAUCAAAUUUACCGUAAAUAAGAAAGAGGUUAGCGUCAUUUUGGCUACCGGCUUCGGCAAGAUUGUAUCUCUUGCUGAUAAAGAGAAUCAGAGCUCAGAGGCGAUAGAAGCAACGAAGUUGGUGGAAGAGGCCUACAAGAAGAAUUUGAAUACAAUUGCGUGCUCGCUGAAGGGUCCUGGCACUUGCGCUAGCUGCUCAGGCUAG